AUGUACAGGGACUUACAAAUGAAAGAAAAGAAAAAUGAAUUAUUUAAGAAUCCAUCUAUUGAUAUGCUCAAAAACAGAAAUAAUAUGUCAACCAGCGAAGUAUCGAUUGACUGCACUGCCAAGAGUAAAGAUAAAUCACAGAGAUAUGUUAAGUACAAUUUGUGUGAAAGCAUUCUAUUUAAUAGUAAAUAG